CUCAGUAUGUCCCCGACCGAGAUGUUCUCCUCGAGGCUACCCAUGCUUACAUUGUGGGUGCCCGGGGAGUUACAAGAAACAAUGCCGGCUACCGUAUGGAUGAAUGUAACGUUCACCUCACCAAAGGCUGGUUGAGACUUAGUUGAAGGGCCAGAGGACCCGGCAUCAUUUCACGUGAUGGCACCUGAAGGACCAAAGAAGAACUAAUGGCAUCCACGGCGACUUGUGCUAGAUUGAUGAGGCUCACAAGAGAGCCGACAUAUGCUUGACCAGCAGGAAAAAUGCAAGGAACUUGCGGGGAGGCUAGGUCCCCUGAGGCCUGCCGUCCCCUCGGAGGCAGUUCGCCAUUAUGUCUGGCUUGAGCGUUCUCAUAUGAACACACCUGGGCAUUCUGUAAGUCAAGCGGUUCUGCAGUCCUGUCAUUGUUGGAUGUCGUUGUUGAGCAUGGUUGAUUGGCCGGGAGCAACUCACAAUGAAAAUUGCCAUUGCCUAUGCUUUGUUAAGACCACGCUCGAUCGAUGUCUUUGUCAAGCAGCGAAGACGAUGGCAUUGUCCCCGGACAAGGCAGCUGAACAUGGCUCAAAGGCGUGGCUGCUCCUGAAAGAGAAUCUUUGCACAAUGAAAAGUGGAAGCUGUUUGAUGCGGCAUCUGCGGGAUAUACCCUCAGGCGCUCUUCCAGCCUUUCUCACUUUCCGCUCCUCGCCUCUCCAUAUAUACAUAUGAGAUGAUAAAAUAAUAGUGUCGUGGUUGAUUGAUCGGGCCGGAUGAAUUCCUCUUUGCACCGUGGUAAGGUGCCCUGAUUGUUGUGGUACGCGGAGACAGGAUGGUCAAGUAUUGAUUCACUUGCACGAGACUCGAAACAAUAGGCGUUGCGUUCCAAAUGCGAACACAGGGCAGUCGCGCAGUCGAACCCAUUGUCUUCACUGCCUCGUCAUGAACACAGGGCGCAAUCGCCAAGCGACCACAUUCACUUCACUGCCGUCCCGAUUCGGUCAAUAACCAUUCACUCGUUGCUGCGACUGCGAUCACACAAAAUCCUUCUUCUUCUCUUCUGACUUUCAGUCUUUCGAUCUUCUCUUCUCAUCACCAUAACUCUUCUUCAACACCUCGAUCAUCACUUGGAUCAUCCAGCUUCAUCAUCAAGCACGAGUAAUCGUUCCUUGAUCCUUGAAGCUAAUCAUAGUCAUCCUCCUCAUCACUCUUCUUAUCAAGCACGAGUAAUCGUGUCUUGUUCUUCAAUCCUCAUCCUCGACCUUCUUCAUCACUCUUCUCGUCACCUUUCUCCUCUCUCACCUUCUAGGUCAAAGCUCAACGACAGCAAUCAUGGCCGGAUUCACAGAAUUUAUCUCUGUCCUCUCUCUCCUGGUGAUGUACGUCCAGCAGAAGGCGUUCGACUCAAUCCUCGCCAUCCCCUCCCAGAUGGCCUCUUUCUUCCAUAACACCGCCAACAUUUUCACCCUCAGCGGCACUGUUCGUCCUCGUUUGGCAGUGACCGAGUAUGUCACUGAAACAAUCAAAAGCACAAUGACUGUCAUAGCAGCAGCUCCCUGGAGCACUGUGACCAGCGCAGCCACAGUCGUUGUGAAUACUACCAAGGCCUUGCCAACCUACACCGUAACGGUGUCAGGUUUUACAGAAAAAGGUCUCGAUGUCAUCACGUACCAGAGUCCACGCAACCCAUGGCAGCUAUGGCAAGUCCUCCUGCUUGUGUUCGUGAUGUUCUUGGUUCCAGUCAUUUUCGUGGUGAGCUACGUCUUGAACGAGCUUUCCCUCCAUGCGGGAGAAGAGGUCUGGCGGUUCCUUGGGUAUUACCAAGGCCGGUUUCAACGCGGGUUUAUCCCAUACCUCAUCAGCACCCUGCACCGUGAUCUGCAUGUCUUCCUGUGGCAUUGCUCCAAGAAAGUUAAAUCGGCUUUGAAAUUGAUCCAGUCUGGAGUCUUAGCUGUCUGGUACUUUUUCGACACCUUGCAUCGUGCUGUGCAUGUCUCUGUCGACACCCUACAUCGUGCUGUUCACGUCUUCUUCAACACCCUGCAUCAUGCUCUGGAUGUAUUCCUGUGGCAUUGCUCCAAGAAAGUCGAGUUGACUUUGGAAUUGCUCCGAUCGGCGGCCUCGGCUGCCUGGGACAAAGUCCUGGAGAUGCUCUGCGCCUUACGAGGUCAGUUUAUCAAGGCCGUGCCAAUCAUCUCGAUGAUGAUGGUGACAAUUCUCCUCUGGCUUUGCGACAAGUUCAUCCGGUUGACAUACCAAGCGUGCUUGGUUGCUUUCCGCAUCUGCGAGAUCGUCUGGCUCUGGAUCAAGGAGGCCCUCUUGGCUCCUAUCAAAGAAAAAGCAUUCGAACCAUUGAAUGCCAGUAUCCGCCAACGAGUCAACAGGUUCAAAGAGAUGGUCGGGGCGAUGCCCCUGAUCCAGAAACUCGUAGGCCAUGCCGACAUUGCGCCAGCCGCCCCCAACGAGGGUCCCGUCACGACGCCUCAGCGGCCAAACCGAUUCCAGGUGCCGUACUCUCCUGACUCGCCCCAAGACAACACGAUCCAGAUCGAUCGUGCCGAGUAUGAGGCACUCCUGCUGGCUUCUAAGCGGGUGGCACAGUUGGAAAACGAGGUCCGCAGUGAACAACAGAAGGUCGUCGAAGCUAGAGAAGAUACGAUCAAGAUCAUCCAGGACGAAUCGGACUACUGCACGAUGAAAAUGGCGGAGGCCGAUCGAGCCAGAAAGGAGCGCGAGAAGGCCGAGCAGAUGUUGGAAACUCGUGAGGCCGAGCACGCAAAGGCUCUUGAAAUCGCCCACGGGGAGACCGAGAAGGCCAAGGACGAAUGUCGUACCAGAGGCCAAAUCAUGCAGGAACGUCUCGAGGAGAUCGGAAAGAUCUCGCUCGACAAGCAAGCUGUCCAGGAGGAGCUGGACGCUGUGAAGGCGGAGCUGGGCAUGGUCAAGACGGAGCGGGAUGCGGCCAGGGCUGAGGCCUUGGUCCUGACCCAAGAGUUGGCUGCCUUGCAGGGCGAGCUGGACCGGGUUAACUCGGUCCCAGUGGCACAAGCUCAAGCACCUGCCGGCCAACCGGCGCCGGGGCCACAGACCGAACAACAGUGGGGCCAACAAGAGCCUCCUCUGGAGGCGCGUGUCAGUGUCCCGAUGGGACAGCAGGCAACCCCACUGUUCCCGGCUGUGGUGCCUGAGGCACCGUCCCGCCCAGAAGACCACCAGCAUCCGGAUGGUGGUAUGCUGGUUGAUUCCGUCGGGCAGCAGGCGACGCCUGUCCAGUCACCUGUCCAGAUGGCAGUGUGGCAGCCGGCUCCCGUCCCGAUCCAGCAACAGGCUCCCGUCCUGACCGAGGGUCCGAUGGACUUCGAGCAGGACGAGGAGGUGCCUCCGGCAGUGGCCGAGGCCGAGACUGGGCCCUCCCCAGUACCCUGGCAGGGCGUCGUGGUUCCAGGACAGUGCCUUCCAGGACUGUCGGUGCCUUACGAGGGACGUCAGGUUGGCAGUGGUCCAAGCGAGAGCGAUGCUCCGCUCCCUGUCACCCUGACCGCAUACGGUACUCCAUGGCAUGAUGACAACGUUGUCAACGGGGUAGGAGAUCUGCUGAUCUCAUACCCUGAGCCUGAACAAGACAUGCCCAUGGAUCAACUGGCGUCAAUUCCCCUCUCGGCCGAGCCCGCCGCCGCGAUCCCAGCCGAUCCUGCUCUGGAUGACGACUCGACCAUGGAAGAGGCUGCACAAGAAGACGGGCCGGUCGCGACCGUCGUCAACGACGUGGCCAGCCAAGAGGCUGCACAAGACGCGCCUCAAGAAGAAGUCGUGCCUGCUCCGCCUGCCCAACCCGAGUGCGCGGUCGUCGUUGGCGUUGCCAACGACCCGGAAAUGCAAGAGGCUGCCGCUGCCCAAGACGUGCCUCAGGAAGAAGCCGGACAAGGCGAGGGAUCCGAGUCGGAUACGAUCUCGGACAUCGUCGACUUCAACGCCGUCUUCCAAGAUCCUGGCCAAGAGACGCCUGCUCCUGCUCAAGAACAAGAAGGCCAAGGCGCUGGACAGCCGGCUUCGCCUCGCCGACCGGAGUCGGCCACCUCGGACCUCACCGACCUUGGCAACCCGGCCACGCUGAGUCCAGUCUUCGGCAAUCAAAGCCCAAGAUUUGGAGCUCUGCCAGAAGGAGCCACGGGGAGCCCAACAGGGCCGACCCCGGGUUCCGGCGAGAUGAGUCCGUUGACUCCUCCUCCGGCCAGCCCGAUGGGCGAGCAGCCAGAAGGCGCGAGCGAUGGCGAAGAGAGUGAAGGUUCAGAGUACGAACUCCCCGGAACUCCUCCUCCUCCUUCCCAGUACGAACUCGGCCGGGAGAACAGCCCGGUUCGAACGUGGGCUGCAAUCAAUCGCCCAGCAGCGACGCCGACGACCAGCCAGGUUUCCAAUGGCGGUCCAGGUUCGGCCGUCUUCGUCCCUCCUGUCAAUGAACAGGGCGUUGUCGUUUCUCCGGAGUUUGUUCCAACGAUGGCGCCACCGACGACAAGCCAACCCCCGGCCCUGACCAGUACUCCGGUCAGCCAGAGCAUUUUUCAAGCAAUGAUGAAUGCAGUCAUCAGUACGCCGGGAUCCGAGUCGGAUACAGCCAGUGAGGCAGACUAGAGAACUCCGAAGAGCCAGCUGAUGCUCGGCCAGGCGAUGCCGGCGAAGAAGCACAGCAGGGCGAAGGAGAGAGACUCUUAUGGACGACGGCGACGACGACGACAGAGCGGUUUCGAGUCGCGGCACAGGCCACCCAUUGGCAGACAACAGUCAAGGGAAGAGCCAAAUCAUCAUAAGGGCAGACAGGAGCCCAAUGGUGAAGAGACAAUGAAGAGGAUCGAAACGGUCAACUGAAUCAAACGCAGGUCCAUAAGGGGAUGGAGGGAGACGUCAACGUCGCAAUCAGAGCACCUCCUCCUCGAGUCCAGACAACAGGACAGACCCAGAACCGGGACCGACACCGAAGACAUGGCUGAAUGACUGGAGCGGGACUCCAAUCUAGAGGAGGGGAAGGAAAAGUUCCAGACAACAGGACAAAUCCAAACCAUGACUCCAAGCAUGGUUGAAUGACCAGAGCAGGACUCCAAUCUAGAGAAGGGAAAGGGAAAGUAUCAGACAACGGGACAACCCCAAAUCCAAACCAUGACUCCAUGACGUGGUUAAUGACCGGAGCAGAACUCCAACUAGACGAGCCAAGGGAAAAGGAAAAGUCCAGACCAGACAAAUCCAAACUCAAACCCAGACCCAAGAAAGACACGGUUGAAUGACCGGAGCAGGACUCCAACUAGAGGAAAAGGAGCAAGAGAAGGUCCAGACAACAGGACAACCCCAAAUCCAAACCGUGACUCCAAGACGUGGUUAAAUGACCGAAGCAGGACUCCAGCCAGACGAGGAAAAGGAAAAGAAAAGUCCAGACAACAGCACAAUCCCAAACCCAGAACCAGACCUUGAGACAUGGUUGAAUGGCCAGAGCAGGACUCCAACUACCAGAGAAGGAAAAAGAAAAGCCCAGAUGGCAUGACAAAUCCAACCCAAACCCAGAUACGAGACACGGUAACAGGACAAACUCAGAACCAGGCCCAAUAAAGACACGGUUCAAUUACCGGAGCAGGACGCCCAUCUAGAGAAGGAAAAAGAAAACGAAAAGUCCAGACCAGACCAGACAACAGGACAGAGACAAAGCCAAACUCAGACUCAACCCAAACUCAAGAAAGAUAUGGUUGAAUGAAUGAUGAGACCCGACCGACCCGAGCUGGACUCCGGGAUCCAUGAUGUUGACAAACAGAAAGCUAUCAUCCCGAAACUUAAAGGGGAUGAAUGAAUGAAUGAACGGAUUGCAUGGCAGGCCAAUGCCGGAUGAAAAUGGGAGUUUGCAGUAUGAAUUUGAGCACACAGGUCCAAGUUUUUGCUUUGAAACGGGUUCGUUCGGACAGCAUAGCAGGGCUGGAGUCAAGUCAACUUGCUUUCAAUAAUGGUAUUGAAGUGCUUCAUGCGGGUUUUUUUCUCAGUUACGGACAUGGCACUGGGAUAAGACGGAUAGACAAGUCGAAAAGUCGACUAAUUGAAUUGAUUUCCUGAAAAACAAAAAAGAAACAAGUA